AUGUCUCCUCUCGCAAUCUUCCACCGUCUUGCUCGCGCCACGUACUCCUCCCUUCUCCUCUCAACGUCUCAAGUUCGAAGCUUUAAAGCGUCUACAUGGGAAGAUACCAUUACCCGAAUCAGCCUCUGGUGGGAGCAAGCCAGGGCUGUGGUGGUUGUGCCUGUCUUCAAGUUCCUGGUGGCUCUAUGCUUGAUCAUGUCUGUGAUGCUCUUCGUUGAGAUGAUGUACAUGGGACUUGUGGUAGCGUAUAUCAAGCUGUUCAAGAGGAAGCCAGAGAAAGUUUACAAAUGGGAAGCUAUGGAGGAGGAUGAUGUUGAGUGUGGCGGCGAAAGCUUCCCUAUGGUUCUUGUGCAGAUUCCUAUGUACAAUGAAAAAGAGGUCUGUGAGCAAUCAAUUGCAGCUGCUUGCAAAAUCUCGUGGCCGUCGAAUCGUAUAAUAAUCCAAGUGCUUGAUGACUCCACAGAUCCAGCUAGUAAGGAACUGGUGAAAAAGGAAUGUGAGAGAUGGUCAAAAGAAGGGGUCAACAUAACCUUUGAGAUAAGGGAUAACAGAAAAGGAUACAAAGCCGGUGCGCUGAGAGAAGGGAUGAAGCAUAGCUAUGUGAAGCAGUGUGACUACGUUGCUAUCUUUGAUGCUGAUUUUCAGCCUGAACCUGAUUUCCUCUUCCGCACCGUUCCUUUCCUAAUUCACAAUCCAAAGUUAGCACUUGUUCAAGGCCGUUGGGAGUUUGUGAAUGCGGGACAAUGCAUGAUGACGAGAUUGCAGGAGAUGUCUCUGAGUUACCAUUUCAUGGUAGAGCAGCAAGUUGGAUCCUCAACGUUUGCCUUCUUUGGGUUCAACGGAACGGCUGGUGUGUGGAGAAUCUCGGCGCUGAAUGAGUCAGGUGGAUGGAAUGACCAGACAACAGUAGAAGACAUGGACUUAGCUGUAAGAGCCACACUCAGAGGCUGGAAGUUGCUAUACCUCGACGAUCUCAAGGUGAAAAGUGAGUUGCCUUGUUCAUUCAACGCCCUCCGUAGCCAGCAGCAUAGAUGGACUUGUGGCCCUGCGAAUCUAUUCAGGAAAAUGGCUGGAAAGAUAAUAAGAAGCGAGAAUGUCUCUCUAUGGAAGAAGCUGUAUAUGUUGUACAGCUUCUUCUUCAUGCGCAAGCUCGUGGCUCACGUCCUCUCCUUCUGCUUCUACUGUGUUAUCUUGCCAGCUACUGUUCUGUUCCCUGAGGUCACGGUUCCGAAAUGGGCUGCGUUUUAUCUCCCUUCUUUGAUCACUCUCCUCAUCGCACUCGGUAGACUAAGAUCAAUCCAUCUUUUGGCGUUUUGGGUUCUGUUUGAGAACGCAAUGUCACUGGUUAGAACAAAGGCUCUGGUCAUGGGCUUGUUUGAAACAGGGAGAGUACAAGAAUGGGUUGUGACAGAGAAGUUAGGUGACGGUCUCAAGACGAAGCUGAUUGCACAAGCACCUGAAGAACAUCACGUCAGAUUCAGAGAUAGGGUGCAUUUGAUGGAGCUAUUGGUUGGAGCGUACCUGUUGUUCUGCGGAUGCUACGACAUCAUCUACGGGAAGCAGACGCUGUUUUUGUACCUUCUGUUCCAGUCAAUGGGCUUCUUCGUUGUUGGUUUUGGGUAUGUGGGCAAAUAUGUUGCUGCUUCAUCAUCCUAACAUUAGAUUUUUAGAUCACAAAGAGUCUCAAUAUGUCUCGAAAGGUUUUUUAGUUGUUGAUACCAUAUUGAGAUUACCCCUUUUUUUUUUGUUUGGGAGGUCUGAGAAUAAUAAUGAUAUAUAUACACUUUGUAUUACUACCACUUGAGUGAUUGUAACACAACGAAUCUAUCUCAAACGUGACCAAUACAGUCUCCUGAUUCAUUCUCUA